AUGGGCGACUCCUCAUCAUCAGCAUCUUACAUCAGAAUGGUUCACCAUAUGAUAGAGAAGUGCAUCUGCUUCAACCUGAACAAGGAAGAGUGCAUGGACGCGCUGCAAAAGCAUGCCAACGUCAACCCUGUCGUCACUGCCACUGUGUGGAAGGAGCUGGAGAAGGAGAACAAGGAGUUCUUCGAGACAUACAAGAAGGACCGCGAGGAACGCAACAUCAUCGAGGCGGAGACCAUGGAGCGGAUCCAGAAGAUGCUCUCCGAGGCGGCGGCCUCCAAGAGCUCCGACGACGACGAAGGCUAG